AAAAACAAUUUUAAUUAAAAAUAAUACUGUGUCAACAUCUUCAACAAGAAAAAAAAAAUAUCUUCUUCUUUCUUCCUCAAAAACCUUUUAUAAAAAUACGCAAUCAAUAUUUCUCUCUCCUCCCAUUUUAAUGGCGGACAAUAACCAACAACAACAACCACCAGUAGUCCUAAUCACUGGUUGCUCAGAUGGCGGCAUCGGAAACGCUUUGGCACGUGCUUUUGCGGCGGAAAACUGCCACGUGGUGGCCACCAGCAGAUCUCUGACAACCAUGUCAUUAUUGGAACAAGAUCCUCGUUUUACAGUCAAAGAACUGGAUGUGUUGUCGGAGGAUAGCAUAAAUCACGUGAUUUCCAGUGUUUUGGAUAAGUUUGGAAGGAUUGAUAUUCUUGUUAAUAAUGCUGGUGUUCAAUGUGUUGGUCCUCUUGCUGAGAUCCCUAUUUCUGCAAUGCAACGAACAUUUGAUACCAAUGUUUUUGGUACGAUGAGAUUGAUACAGGGGGUGGUACCAAACAUGGCGUUGAGAAAAAAGGGAAAGAUAGUGAAUGUUGGGAGUGUUACUGUACUGUCACCUUUACCAUGGGGAGGUGUUUAUACAGCGUCAAAAGCUGCUAUACAUGCUCUUUCAGAUUCUCUAAGGUUUGAACUUGGGCUUUUAGGUAUUGAUGUUAUCAAUGUUGUACCUGGUGCUAUCAAAUCAAAUAUAGGGAAGGCCGCCAUUGCUACCUAUAGCCAAUUUCCAGAGUGGAAGCUAUACAAGCAAUAUGAUGCAGCUAUACGCGAAAGAGCUACCAUUUCCCAGGGCCCUAAGUCAACACCGGCGGAAGAGUUUGCAAAGAAAACUGUCACUCAGAUAAUGAAGAAAAAAACGCCUGCUUGGUUCUCCUAUGGCCAUCAGUCCACUGUGAUGAAAAUUAUGUACUAUAUGCCAAUUUUUGUCCGGGAUUUCAUUAUGCGGCUUGUAAUGAAAUGUUGAUUUGUUUUUAUAAGAAUUUUGUAUUACUUCUUACUCCAUGUAACAGUUGAUUGAAGCCUCCAUUAAUCAUAUCUAUGGAAGUCUGGCCUGGUAUUCUGCUCA